UAUAGGCUGCUGGGACCCCUGAUUCAGCUCCACUGAGAACAAUAGGAGAGAUUUGGGAAGGAUCAAUAGGAAAUGCAAAGCUCAGCAGGCCCCUCUGGGUCAGAAAUGGAUGGAUGUGUGGAUGUGUGUGCUAUUUUAUUUCCAGUUGACUGAAGGCAUUUGGAAGAGAAUGAUGACUGUGAGGUUUUUUUGUGAGGUUUUUAAGUAUAAAAGGAGGAAGGAGGAGGAAGAAGAAAAGAAGAAGAGGAAGGUAAGAAGGAAGAGAGAGGGAAGGAAGAAUAUAGAUGAAGGAGAAGGAAGGGGAGGAUGACGGAAAGGAGAGAAGGGAAGGAACGGAAAAGGAGAAAAAGAAGAGAUGGAAGAAAAGAAAUGUGAGAAGGGGGGUGGAAGAAGGGAAGGAAAAGGAGAGAUAGACAAUGGAGGGAAGAAUGGAAGAAGAGAAGAGGAGAUGGAGAAGAGAGGAGGACGGGAAGAAGGGGAAAGGAAGAAAGAGAUAGAGAAGGGAGGGAAGGAAUUAAAACAUAGAUGGAGGAAGAGGUAUUGGAGGAUGAUGGGAAGAAGAUGGAGGAAGAAAUGUUUGAGAGAGGAAAAUGAGAAGAAAUGGGAAAAAGAUGGAAGGAAGAAGGGAAGGAAAAGGAGAGAUAGAUUGGGGAAGGAAUAAGAAAGAUGGAGAAGAAGAGGAAGGUAAGAAGGAGGGAAGGCGUGAGAAAGAAAGGAAAGGUUUGAAGGAAGAGGAAGAUUAGAAGGAAGGAGGAGGGAAGGAAGAUGAAGAGAAGAGAGGAGGAGGAAGGAGAGGAUGAUAAGAAGGAGACAAAGGGAAGAAAAGGAGAAGAGGUGGAUAAGGAAAAGAAGGAGGAGAAAUGGGAGACGGUGGGAAGGAAGAAGGGAAGGGAAAGGAAAAGAAGAAGAAAGGAGGAAAGAAAGAAGAGAAGGAGAAUGAAUAUGAUCUAGGAUUGUAUUGGUUUUUUUCGCCACAGCAUCACAGCAUUGGCUCAUUGGCUUAGAUCAAUAGUUUGGAUUAUACUUAAUUAGAUCCCUAUUUCUCCUAAUUAUGAUUAUUAGGGCUGAACCGGAGGAAGCUAUGUCCUCAAACUCGUCAUUGGAGUCCAAUGGAGUCGGCGAAGAGGAAACUCCUCAGGAUGACUUUCGGAUUACCGUCUUUGAUCAGGAGAACUUCCAAGGGCAGAGGAAGGAAUUCAAUGGAGAAUGUCUGGACCUCUGGGAACAUGGCUUUGAGCGUGUGCAGAGCGCUAUCGUGAUCUCUGGGCCCUGGGUGGCCUUUGAGCAGGCCAGGUUCCGUGGGGAGAUGUUCGUCCUAGAGGUGGGACAGUUCCCGCGGUGGGACACCUGGUCCAGCAGCCACCGAAGUGACCGCCUCAGAUCCAUGCGCCCUGUCAGGAUGAAGGAAUCCCAGGAACAGAAGAUCCUCCUCUUUGAAGAGUCCAAGUUCAAGGGCCACCAGGUGGAGGUUAAGGCGGAGGACGUCCCCAGCCUCUGGACCUGGGGCUUCUGUGGUCGAGUGGGCAGCCUCCGAGUCUCUGGCGGCAGUUGGGUGGGCUACCAGUAUCCAGGAUACAGGGGCUACCAGUAUCUCUUCGAAAUGGGGGACUUUGGCCACUGGAAUGACUGGUCAGCCUUCCAGCCCCAGGUCCAGUCCCUCCGCCGUGUCCGGGACAAGCACUGGGACCCCGCAGGGGCAUAUGAAAAUGAUAAGCAAGAUUUGUCAAUAUAUGCAAAAUAGCUCAUUAACGUAUGCAGAUAUUCCAAAAUAGUUC